CAUUUACUCCAUCAUUUAUAGUGAUGCUACAGGACGGAGAGGAAUGGAUAAAAACAUUGGCGAGCAACUCAAUAAAGCUUAUGAAGCCUUUCGACAGGCAUGCAUGGAUAGAGAUUCAGCAGUAAAAGAACUACAGCAAAAGCAGACUGAGAACUAUGAGCAGAGAAUACGUGAGCAACAGGAACAGCUGUCCCUUCAACAAACUAUUAUUGACAAGCUAAAAUCACAGUUACUUCUUGUGAAUUCCAGUCGAGAUAACAGUUAUGGCUGUGUUCCCCUGCUUGAAGACAGUGAAGCAAGGAAGAAUAAUUUGACUCUUGAUCAGCCACAUGAUAAAGUAAAAUCACGAAUACCAAAAGAAAAAGAAUCAAAGGUAGACUGCGCUGCCGGUUUAUUCCCUAAAGGAAAUAAAUGAGAAAUCGGGCUUCUUGAAUUAUUUAGUCAGUAUUCUAUCACAUUUGAGAUGCGCAGGAAUGGUGGAGAAAGUGGAUAAGAUUCUUUUCAACCCUAACACUGCUAUUGCAAGAAUCAAAAUUUAAAUGGUGGUACAUAACACAUCUUCCCCAUUUUAUUUUCCUGAAAUGGAUCCACCACUGGAAUUCUAAACAGAAGUUAUUUAUAUA